AUGAGCAAUCUUAGCAUGGACGACCAACGGCCGUGGAGCAGGAGCGGCAGCAGUCCUCAGUCGCGAUCCAUGUCGGAGCCCAAGGCGAAGCGCUUCAGCCUCACUUUCCCUAUUCAGACCUCCUUGUCGCCAACUUCCUCAACCCUGUCGCCAGUCCUCCCUUAUACUCCAUUGCUGGCCGAGAAGCCAACGCUGGCUGCUGGUCCCACCGAUUCUGCAUUUCUGACUGCAUUGGCUGCUCACGAGCGUCGCGUACUGGAACUUAGAGAGGAGUUGAUCAAGGCCGAACAUGAACUGCACCGUCUCAAGCAACAAUGGGCUGCUCAUGAAGCCCACAAGAAGCGCCAACAUGAUCCGCGCAAAGUACACAAGAUGCAAUCGCUGCACGCCACCUCGGACAUGCCGCUCGUUGCACCCGCCUCCCGCCAACAAGACAUGGACCGUCGCAGAGCCCUGCUCAACAGCAACAAGAACUCGACUCGUACUGUCUUCUCAGGAUCCCGUCACGCUCGCGCUUUGUCUCUGUUGUCGCCCGACGCGAUGCGCUCGCCACCACCUCGCCCACAAGCUGCCCCUCCACGCCCUGAGCCAGACGCCGCAGCACGUCCACCACAUCCCACUCGCGUGCCCACCGAUGCCGACUUGACCACCGAGGUCGUACGCACAGCAGACGAUGCAAUCGAUCUGGGCUUACCUCGCGAGGUUCUGCUCAACACUGGCAAGAGAAUGGCUUCCGACUUCCGCGACGGCCUGUGGACGUUUAUUGAAGACCUCAGACAAGCCACCGUUGGCGACGAAGGCAUCAAUGGCACAACUUCGCGAACUCAAUCUCGCUCUCCGAAUCCAUCGUCAAAAUCUCCCAGAUUACAGCCUAGAGGCAAUCUAAAGCCCUCGCCAAACACCCAGCCUCUGAAGAGAAGUGCCACAACGGGAAGUCGCCGGACAGACUCUCGCUCGCCUGCUCCUUCCACAGCGGAAGAAAUAGCCUAUCUCGACAUUGGCAAUUCCUUCUGGAACGAACAUGAGUCGAAACCCGCCCCUAUCCUCCGCAAAGCCUCCAAAAAGUCUACAAAAGCACCUUCUGUCAAGGCCAAUCGUGCCUCGACCAAUUCUAUAGAUACAUGGGAGAACUGGGAAACCACUGUCCCAAAUGCUUCAGACCCCAAGCCUUCACGAUCAAACUCCACAAUCUCUGAACCUCAUACCUCAUCAAGUCCCGACGACGGCACAGAAAGCCCCAGGACCAGCCUCAGUUCAUCCAGAGACGCCACAAAACGUGAUUCGCUCCCUUGGCCAGCACUGAAUAAGCUCGCACCCAGCAAUCUCGUGCGCACGGCUUCUCACCUGAUGAAUGAGUGGGAAAGGAGUUUGACGCCUUCGCCCGGGGGUUUGUCACCAGUGACUGCUGAUAAAGAGAAACAAGGCGAUUACCUGGGACGAGCGGUGUCGCCGGCGGGGAGUUUCAAGGAGACGAAGAAUGAUUGA